CCCCGCCCCCUUGGAUGUGAGACAGUGUUUAUAUAAGAAGGAGGCAACGCAGACCAGAUUAUUUUCUUUUGCUUGUUUUUCAAUUGGGGCAGAUAAAAGCAACAAAAAGAGCUAAAAUGUGGAAAGUUGUUUUUCUUUUCCUCGCGGCCACGUUCGCUAUUGGAACUGGCGUCAUGGUGGGGGGUGUUAGUGACGGAGACAUCAACGACGAAGGAGCUAAAAAGGCUCUGAAUUUCGCCGUCGACCAACAUAACAGCCGCACCAACGACAUGUACCUGCGUCAAGUGGCAGAAGUGGUGAAGGUGCAGAAGCAGGUGGUUGCUGGGAUCAAGUACAUUAUUACUGUCAAAAUGGCCAGAACCCUCUGCAGAAAGAACGGGACAGGAGAAGAAUGCACCAUCCCAGAAGAUCCGGCUCAAGCCCAGCCCUACCAGUGCAAGUUCGGCGUGUGGAGUCGCCCAUGGCUCAAGGAAAUGACGGUGGUGGAGGAGAAGUGCAACUAAACGAACUGGAUCCAUUUGGCUCUUACUCACACUAUGAAUAAGACUGCGCUUUAGAUCAACAACAAAUUAACAACUUGUUCUUUUCUCCGUUUUCUUAAUGCUGAAUAACUCAAGUGCAAUACAUAAGUCAAAGAUUGAAUACUUUUUUAGAGCUAUAGCUCUUUACACAGUUAGAGUUGGAAACUAUUACUUUAAGAUUUGCUAAUACAAUAAAAUAAAAGUUUGCUUUGUGCUCUCA